AUGUCAGACUACCUUUGGUUUGAAGGAAUACCUUUCCCUGCUAUAGGGUUUGAAAAAGAAAUACUUCAAGAAGCUCGUGAUAAGUUUGUGAUCAGAGAUGAAGACACAGUCAUACUGACUUAUCCAAAAUCAGGAACUAACUGGGUGAUUGAGAUGGUCUGCUUGAUUCAGACCAAGGGGAACCCCAAGUGGGUCCAAUCUGUGCCUGUCUGGGAUCGUUCACCCUGGUUAGAGACAGAAGAAGGAUAUAAAAUAUUAAUGAAGAAGGAAGGACCAAGCCUCAUCAGCUCCCACCUUCCCUUCCAUCUUUUCCCCAAGUCUUUCUUCAGUUCCAAGGCCAAGGUGAUCUACAUCAUCAGAAAUCCCAGAGAUAUUCUUGUGUCUGGUUAUUUUUUCUGGUGUAAGACAAACCUUGUUAAGAAUCCAGAGUCACUGAGAACUUAUUUUGAAUGGUUCCUCAAAGGAAAUGUGCCAUACGGAUCAUGGUUUGAGCACACCUGUGCCUGGCUAUCCAUGAGAGAAAGAGACAACUUCCUGCUACUUAGCUAUGAAGACAUAAAAAAGGACACAAAGAGCACCAUAAUGAAGAUCUGUGACUUCCUAGGAAAGAAAUUAGAGCCAGAUGAGCUGGAUAUGGUCCUCAAGUACAGCUCCUUCGAAGCCAUGAAAGAAAACAACAUGUCCAAUUUUAGUCUUAUCACAGAAGAUUUGAUUACUAAUGGUUUGGUUCUCUUGAGAAAAGGCACGACUGGGGACUGGAAGAAUCACUUUACAGUAGCCCAAGCUGAAGCCUUUGAUAAAGUAUUCAAGGAGAAAAUGGCCGGUUUUCCUACAGGGCUUUUUCCGUGGGAAUAAGUUCUUAACACUUUUAAAUCAUAUAUGGA